AAGCUUUCAAUAAAGAUAUAAAAAAGAAGAAGAGAUUUCCCCAAAACCCUCUUGCUUGAGCAACAGCGCGGGGAUGCUUCGGUUGUUGUUCUCCCGGGCGGCACAACGGCACGUCUCACCCCUUUUGCUCAAUCAGCAGAGAGGGAUCCAUAGCAGGAACAAGAAGGCGAUGGAACUGGUCGCCAAGGGUUGGAGCGCCCUUCAGGAAGUCGAUCGUGUCAUUGACUACACUGAGCUCAACGACCCCCGCCUUAUUCCUCUCCUAAGAUCUGCAAAGGAGAAUUUUGAGUUGGCUUUAGAGAUUGAUAAUAUGAAUACACAUGCCAGAUACUGGUUGGGUAGAAUGCAUUUCAAGUAUCAUGUUCCGGGAGCCUGCAAACUCAUUGGAGCUGCUUUACUUGUGGAAGCUGCUAAUAUGGGUGAUGCGGAUGCACAAUAUGAACUUGGGUGUCGUAUGCGGGUUGAGAACGACUAUGUUCAAUCAGAUCAACAGGCUUUCUAUUAUUUGGAGAAGGCUGUUGAUCAGUUGCAUCCAGGUGCUCUAUAUCUUCUUGGUUCUGUAUAUCUGACUGGGGAUUGUGUGGAGAAGGAUAUUGCUUCUGCCAUGUGGUGUUUUCAUAGAGCAUCGGAGAAGGGUCAUGCCGGAGCAGCCAUUGCAUAUGGCGCACUUCUGCUUCAAGGCUUUGACAUCCCGGAAGCAGUGACUAGGUUCGAAUCAGGCAGGAGCCCGUGCGCCGGAAGAACAAGUAAGAAAGUUGAGAGGACUAGUGAAGAUAUAUUAAAGAUAGCAAAGGAACAGUUUCAGAUUGCUGCAAAUUCAGGCUGUGACCUUGCCAACCAGUGGUUAAAAAGGAUCCAAGACUAUGAGAAGCUUCAUCAACAGUUAAUUGAGGAAGGAUCCUCAACUUCUUCUUAAUUAGCUCACUAUACUUAUAUUCCAACCUUGUGAACUUUUAAGAAAUAAAAAAAAAAAAAAAAAUUGUCAGCUUAUGUAAUAGUGUUGAAUUAUUACGUACUUCUUUUUGUUUUUAUAAAAUUUUUGUUGUUAUAUUAUUAUUU